GGUCCUAUAUAAAAAGCAGACACUGCAAAGGGAUUGGUAGUUCUGGUUUAAGCAGAGUAAAGCAGAAAGCAUUCAGCGAUCAUGCAGUCCUCCACUUUCCUGAUGGCCCUUUUGGUGGUUGCCCUGCUCAUGCUGUGCAGCGCUCCAGCUACGGAGGCCACCUUCUUCCUGAUCGCCUGCAUGCUGCGAUCCCCUCUCUGCCCAUGGGCCACCACAGCCUCUUCGAGUUCCACUUGAGGGGCUCGACUCCAUGGAAAUAAUGAACCUGUUCUCGAUUGGACCUAUUUUUGAGCUAUCAGUAUAUUAAUAAAAUAAUUUUUUUUUGUUGCAUUGAA